CUAACCUUUGAGAGAAGCCGUUUCAACCCCCUUGGACCUGCCGUGACCUGGAUGUGCGAGUCUCCGACUCUGGAACAAUCCAACACGAAUCGGUGAAGUCAUGGCCCAUCCUUAUUACCCGUCCGGAGACGAGGUUGGUCUCAGUCAGCAAUCCGGACAUGAGGCCCAUUCAAUAUCACUCUCAACUGGACCCGACGGCCAGCAGGAGAUGGUGGAGAGAGGCACGAGUUCCGUGAGUCCUGCUCUAGAGAUUGACGGCAGAAGUCGGAACUCUACCAGGCGCCGUAUCCAAGUCGCAUGCAAUCGAUGUCGCAAAAGGAAGAUCAAAUGCAGCGGGGAUAUUGGUGAUGGACAAGGAUGUUCGAACUGCCGGGCCUCUGGCAAUAAGAAUUGCCAGUUCUUAAGGGUCAAUUCAUCAAUGCUCCAGACGAAAGAUUCCGGGUGGCCGUAUCAUGCAUCAAAUGCUACGGUUUCUUCCUCCCCAAGGCUAGGGGUGUAUGCACAUAUGGCCCAAAGGUCUGCACUAGUAUCAACGAACUCCCUCGGUGUGCGGCUUGGCUCCUUCUCGCGACCUUCUGGUUACGAUCUAGGUACCUUCAGCCCUCAGCAUCCACCUAGUCGACAGACUUUCAGUCUUGAUCACACGGCCAACUACGAGAACGAGCCGACUGCAUACAAUCCUCCGUCAUCAUACAUGUUCUCCAGUUCGCACCAAGGUAUCGUGCCUGACUAUUGUGGCCUUGCAUGGAACACCAAGGCAUGGAAUUCUAACGUCCAGGUCAACAACGCCCAGAGCGGAGCAGCAUUUCCUACCCAAGAUACAGAGAAUACCUUUACUUCGUCAUCGUAUCCCUUCUUGUUCUCAGGCCCAGGAACUCAGUCAACUGACGUUCCAAUGACAUGCACGCCGUCAGAUGGACAAGGCGCUGAUCGGACAUUACCAAAAGCGUCCGGCCGCAGCCAGCUCCAGAUGGGUAUGUCUUCUCCAAGCGCGACUCCUGAAGCCAUGUCAGGAUUGCUGUUAUCCCCGGAAUAUAGAUAUGGACAUCAUCUAGCCACAAGAGCCUCCAUCUCGGGUAGUGGCCUUCCGAGCAUGCAGCAUGGCUCGAACGGGAACUUUGGUGGUAACUCCCUGAACCAGACAAGGAAGGCGAGUCAGUCAAGUGCACCGGACAUGAUGUUCGAUUAUCUGCCAAUAACAUCGGUCGGAACGCCCUCACACCUUGGCCCCUCUGCUGGUACAGCACUCAAUACGUUCGAGACGCUGGAUUCAACCGAUGACUUUCGAGCAAGCGAAGAAGGCCGAUCAACAAGAUCAUUUUCCCGGGACAGCGGACGUUUCAUGUCUAUGAUGGGCUGUGGCUCCGAUAUCUACGGAUAUAGCAGCAGUGAAAAGAGCAAGAACCGGUCUGAGACGGGCGAUACUGGAUCCACAGCCACCCUGAUGAACGGUCUUCCAUACACACGCCCUAGGCAGGCGGAUACUCAUAGCGCCAUACCAUUUGACCUCCUCGCAACCGAGGUCUUACCCGAAUAUCGAGCAUCGGCCGAGCUACAGCGAACAUCCGUCUCAGCUCUGAGUAACCCGGGUGGCUUCUGAAGUUGGCACAUCUCUAAUAUACAGACCAACAUGGAAGUCUUACCCGGAAAAGGCUAGUUUCUGCUUCUCGCCUCUGAAGGGUUCUGCGAUCUUCUCAUUCUCGUGUGUUUAUUUUUGUGUUUCUCAUGUCUUUUACUUCUUGUCCACUUGACAAUGAUCCUAGUCUCUGUCAAACCUUGCUGCGCGCCUGACUGUGUUUUUCUGCACUUGGACAGAUCGAGAUAUCACACUAAUAUUGGAGGUUGUAGAGUAUUGGUCCAGGGUGAGCGAUUUUCAUGUUUACCUAUCUAUCUUCAUUUCAUGCGUUUUUUGUUUGUUAGGGAACUAGCGGCCUGGGUGGCAGAUUCCUUUCUUUCUUUCUUUCUAUUACAAUGUGGGGGAGUUUGUUGUGCUCUCUCUUGAGAUGUCCUUUUAUCUGUUAUAAUUUGUCAUAUUCCAUCUAUAAUCGGACUGAUUAGCACAAAGUAUGCC